CCGAGUCUUGUCACCAAACUUCACUGAACAUAAUGGUGAUGCCAGGGCUGCUGGCUGUGGGGAGUCUGGGGAUGUUCCUUAUCCUCCGCUUCUUGCUGUCCUGGAUGGUCAAGUUCAUCUCGGCCACGGCAUAACUCUGGCAGAGGCCACGAUGACCCACGCUCUCACCCAUGCGUCCAGUCCUGGACGGUUCGUGAGAAUGGUCAGUCGAGGCCUCUGGGAGCCUGCAGCGCUGUUUGACCGGAGCGUCACCGGACAAGCGUGCAGGCGCCUUCUCAAAAAUGGGGCAGUGGGGAAGACACCCCUCACCCCAGAAAAGAUCGAUGCCGUCAUUGCUGCGUUUGGCUGCUAUGCAGAAAAGCAGGCCAAAAUCAAGAAAGACAAGGAGGACGGCAAGGAAGACAAGGAGGACGGCAGCAACAAGCCAGGUCCCAAGAAAGGCAACAAGCCGUCCGUCAGGGACGUGGUGAAAAAGCUCUCAGGUGACUAUUUGGUCGAUAAGAACAGGGAAGUGGAGAGGGGGAAGAAGAACACAAAGAACGCCCACGAAUCUCCGUUAGCAGUUCCCCCACCCUAAACGCCAGUCGCUUCCGCUUUUCGCCCUGUUUCUUUUUUUUUGUC